CUGCUUUUUAAUUCACGCGCGGAAAGUGUGCUUAACUACUCGGAAUUAGAAGACGACGAUACACCACUUGAUCAGAAACAUCUAAAUCUCGUUCAUGAAGAGCUGGAGAAACUCAACAUUGCCACGGACGUCAUUAAUAAGCUAGAAGUACAGCUUGACGCCGCCCGAGUGUGUUUUAGGGAAAUACAGACAAGCUGGUCUGAGAAGUUGAAAGAACUCUCGAAGAAAUACAGUUCAGCUAUUGCUAAAGCUCGUCCAUACUACGAAGCUAAAAUUCAAGAGCGAAAGUUGCGCGAUGAAUCACUACGAGCAGCGAUUCGCUUCGAACGUGCCACAUCGUUACUAGCCGUUGCCAAACAACAAGUGGCAUUAACUCAAGAUAGCCUUAAUCGUCAGACAACGGUUCAUCCAGAAUGCCUUGAAGUGCUCAAUCAUCAUAUCCAACGAGUAAAUGAGGCAGAAGAAGAACGGUUAGCAAGUGGUGAUGAUCAUCGUGCAAUAUCUGAGCGUUUAAUGGCUUUGGCAGAUGAAAUCCGCAAAAUGGAGAAAGACCAACGGUCAUCCAUAAAGAAGUCGCGCACAUAUUUCGACCAGCGGUUGGAAUUUACUCGGGUGCUGGAGCGUCAAAAAGAGCUGAUAUUGAGGCUUGAGUCUGAGGUUCGACAAAAAAAAAGUGAUUAUACCACGUCGUUGCGGAAUCUAGAAAGAAUUUCAGAUUCGAUUCACGAACAGAGGAGUAUUGGGGGAGGUAGGUCCGCUCGUGAACCCCCGGCAAAUCCACCUCCGUAUCGGCCGACAGCUCCUCCGCCGUAUGAGGACGAUGACGGAAGAUAUUUAAUCAGUCAGGAAACUGUUAGUAGUUCUUCAAUUUCAGUGAUGUUUUUUCUGGUAUUGAUCAUAUCAGGGGAUUCAGGAUGA